GAAACCAAACAAGUCCUUGUCCACGGUUUAAGGUUAACCAUAUACAUCAAGUUGUUGAAAUAUUUUCAUAUGUAUGUCUCGCUUCUGAUAAGACUGGUAAUGCUCUUCAAUCGGUUGGCAAGGAGACAUCUGAAAUGGACUAUCUAUUUUCAUUUGUGUCCAGCGCCAGAUGACAGUGUACAGUUUUGAGGAAGUCUUUCACUUGGUAAACGUGUGACCUUCGUAGUGAUUGGGUUGUUCCUUAUAGUUAUAUCAAUCGUGGCCUUUCUCAUAGAUCCGAUACACAUAGUUAUGAGAUAUAAAACAAGAAUAGCUAAAGGCUCGAUGCUGUACGAACUACUUCUGAAGCCAAAUCUUCCAGGGGCAUACGUGCAGGCGUACCUCUUCAAUAUCACUAACGCUGAUCUGUUUCUAGCAGGAAUCGAUACUAAGUUGAAGGUUGAAGAAGUCGGCCCAUUUACAUACCAAGAAUAUCGUACAAAUGCUGAUUUCGAGUUGGAUGAAGAACUGGGAGUAAUGAGGUAUUCUCCAAAGCUCUUUCCCCGAUUUGUUCCUGAGAGGUCAGUGGCGGAUCCAAAAGACGUAAACCUCACCCUUCCAAACAUUGCCAUGUUGGCUAUAGCAUCAGUGGUGUCCAAAUCUGCAUUUCUAACAAGAAUUGGGUUCAAUAUGCUUGCCAAACAACUUGAGUCCGAACCAAUUCUGAAGAUAUCUGCUCAUGAGUUCCUGUGGGGUUUUGAUGAACCCCUAAUCAACUUUGGUCAUAAGGUCAUGCCUGGUGUCAUUAAGUUCGAGAAAAUGGGAUUAUUAGACAGACUGUAUGACAUCGACGACUUCAGGUUAGAAGUGGGAUCAACAACUCAAGAUAAAUUCGAAAUUAAAACCUAUAAUGGUGAAGCUGGUGUUACACCACUCGGAUAUGAUAUUACACCGUCCCGCUGUAACACCUUUGCAGAUGCUUAUGAGGGUCUUAUAUACCCACCAGACCUCACGGAAGACACACCUCUACGUCUCUACCGCAACGUGUUUUGUCGGAUCUUCAAUCUUCAAUAUCGCGACACGAGGACCAUGGACUAUGGCCCAGAGGUCUUCCACUACACCUUCAGUGACGAUUCCUACUCAAAUAAUACAGAUAACAUAUGUCUUUGCAAGAAUGAGGACUGUGUUAAUGGCGUUUCCGAUAUAUCUCCAUGUUUCUUCGGUCUAAGUUUUGUUCUGUCAAACGCGCAUUUUUUGAACGCCGACCCCGUAAUUUACGAACGGAUUGAGGGCAUAGAACCUGACGAGGAACUUCAUGGCAGUGAUGUGCUGAUCGAUCGUAAACUUGGCACAGUUAUGGCCACAAAAUUAACCUUACAAUUGAGCGUCCAAGUUGCGAAUGUUAACUUCAACUCAGCUACGAGCCCCUUCUCAGACAUGAUAAUACCUGCAGCGUACUUCAAAAUCGAACAAGAAGAUCUGGAUGAGGAACUCAAAAGCAACCUGUGGCUUAUCUACGGUAUUUUGCCUCAUGUGAUGUACACCGUAGAGGCUCUCUCCUUCAUCAUCGGCUCGGUUCUACUAGCAUUUGUUUUUAAAUCCCAUCUACCUCCAUUACGCAUGGAAAAAAUAAAUUUGCGCGAUUUCACACAAGCACAGCCUCUUUUCGAUGAUAGGUACAAAAAAGAUAUUAAAUUAGAUGGUAGUUAAAUUGUAAUUUUACGUGGAAAAGCGCAAAUGCAAUGAUAUUCUACCAAUAAUUGCAAAUGAUACAGGAAUUACAAUCUAUACGAUCUCUUCACAUAAAUAAGUUUUAUAAUAGUUGUCACAUUUAUCUAUUUUAUUUUGUAUGUAUAGUUUCGCCUAAUUCAACUGAAAAAACAUGGCGUGUUUUACGGAAAUUUUAUUUGUAUUGUUUCCGUCUAGCUAAAGUAGUUGAAUUUUUAGGGUAUACUAAUACGCAAUGCCAACCUGAAUCUAAUCUUAGAAGUAAAAAGCCAGUUUCUUAUCUUCUUAAUGUGUGAUUAUUUUGUUAUAAUCUACCGUAUAAGAUCGAGUCACUAAAUGUUAUUUUGUAUAUAAAUUUUAUUUAAGUUAUUUUAAUGUUAAUAAUAAAACAUAA